AUGGACAAGAGGCAGUAUUUCAUCGACUUAUGGGGCCAAGGCAUCAUUCAUUGGAUCGGAUAGAAAAUUUAAGUUCACACAGUGAGGAAGUAGCAGAUGUGAAGAGUUUUUCAACAUUCAAAGAGCGCCUUAGCCAUCUACAGAAGUCUGAAAACCUUCGGGUAUGUUUUGGUAAAUCUGGAAUACAUGGAUGGGGUGUUUUUGCACGGAGAAACAUUCAAGAAGGAGAAAUGGUCUUUGAAUAUCGUGGAGAGAAGGUGAGGGGCAAGGUUGCUGAUCUGAGGGAGGCGAGGUACCAACUUGAAGGCAAAGAUUGUUAUCUAUUUAAAAUUAGUGAUGAAGUUGUCAUUGAUGCCACCAAUAAAGGAAACAUUGCACGCCUAAUCAAUCAUUCAUGCAUGCCCAAUUGCUAUGCAAGGAUAAUUAGUCUGGGUGAAGAGGAGAGCCGAAUAGUUCUUAUAGCUAAGACUAAUGUUUCAGCCGGUGAUGAGUUAACGUACAAUUACUUGUUUGAUCCCGAUGAGCGAAAAGUCCCCUGCCUAUGUGGUGCUCCUAACUGCCGGAAGUUUAUGAACUAGGUCAACAAAUGUACAGAUUCUUUUGAGGAUACAAAGCUGUUGAAUUCUUCCCCAUACAGUUUUGUGGAUUCAAUUUUGCUAUACCCGGAUCUUAUAUUUCUUUCUAUAUUAUAGCACAGCAGUAACCAAUCUCAACUAGAUUGGAAUUGUCAUAGUUGAGUUGAGCAGGGUAACAAAUUCAUCUGCUGUUUGGCUGGAAUUUGCAUUCUUUUUCAAAUAGGUGCAUAGUGUCUAUUGAAUUCAACUUGCGAUGUAGUGAAAACUUUACAUCAUUGUAAUUGAUCAUGGGAAUGCUGCUGAUACAGAUUAUAAUUUCAAUCCAUUUACAUCA